CUUGAGGGGGGCGGAGCGACGCUGUCGCCCUCGUGUCAGCCCCGCCCCUUCGGCGUCGAGCGCGCGCCUUUCUCUCGUUACCUGACAGGAGAGGCGGCAACGACGACGACAUGGCCCCGCGCAAGAGCCCCAAGAGCGGCAGCCCCGGCCCCGGCCCCAGGAGAGAGGCAAAACACGGAGGAAACAAGAAUGGCAAGAGGGAAGGCAUUUCUGGAAGUUCUUUUUUUACAUGGUUUAUGGUAAUUGCACUGCUGGGAGUGUGGACUUCAGUCGCAGUGGUUUGGUUCGAGCUUGUUGAUUAUGAGGAAGUUCUAGCCAAAGCAAAGGACUUCCGUUAUAACUUGUCAGAGGUACUCCAAGGAAAACUUGGAAUUUAUGAUGCGGAUGGAGAUGGAGAUUUUGAUGUGGAAGAUGCUAAGGUUUUGCUAGGCCUGACCAAAGAUGGCAAUAAUGAAAAUAUUGAUUCACUUGAGGAAGUCCUUAAUAUUUUAGCAGAGGAAAGUUCUGAUUGGUUUUAUGGUUUCCUCUCAUUUCUCUAUGAUGUAAUGACUCCCUUUGAAAUAAUAGAAGAAGAAGAGAGCGAUGCAGCAGAUGAUGUUGAUGGUACGUCACAGAAUGAAGGGGUUCACGGGAAAAAAACAUGUGUUAUUGUGGAUUUACAGAACCAGUGACCUCAGUUUGAGGACAGAGUUCAGUGACUAAUGAAAAUGUCCAUCAAUCAAAGAGCAACAGGGUUCUGGGCUAAAUGGAGUAAUCUCCUCUUCCCCAAUGGACAUACCAGCCAUAUAAUAUAGACUCAUUUCUCAAAAAACUUUUUAGAAACUUGCAGUUGAGAGACGAACUGAAGUAACACGCUUAUUAGUAGCAAGGUAAAAGUGUCUUCAGUUAUGUGGUUGGGUUCUGUAUGGUUUUGCUUCAGCUUGUGCAUUCCUACCACUAACCUGUACAUGCACUAUGAUAGUAACUUGUAUUAUUAACCUUCAAAUGGUUCAUCUUUCUAACACAGUGUUAAUUGGCUGUAAAACAUUAUGGCAUGACUAACAUAUCGUGUAUAUAUUUAUAUUUAAUAUUAUAAGAUUCUGCCUCUAUAUGAUUAAAUAAUUUUUUUGAAAUUGUUUGAUUUUUGCUAUCAAUGAUUAUUCCUUAAUUUUCUGGUUUUUUAAAUGAUUUUACAGAUUUUAUUGAAAAUAGAUGUUAAAAUUUGUUAUUUAAUCAUUAAACCCAUUCAUUAUUUGAAAGAAAUAGUACGUAAUUCUUAUUGUAUAUUUUGAAAAAGAUGUUUCAUUCUUAGUUUCUUCUUAUGCUAUUUAUAUCUCAAAGGCGGUUUUGUUUGUAACAACUUAAUGGACAUUUUAUGAAAGUGAGAAUCUGUAAAUAUGUAUUUUUCCUGUAAUGUCAAGCUAAUUAAAGAUAAUCAAUACAAACUCUUCUAAAGUGAAUGAUUUACUUGAGUUUGAUUGAUUUCCUCACCUGCUGUGUCCCUAACUUAUCUCAAUUAGAGAUGACUAUUAUACAAAUGACCUAAUUCAGUAAUUUCCUUUUCUAUGUUUUUAUGCACCAACAUACCCUUCUGGAAUUGGUGUGUGUACAAAAGUUUCUGGAAAGAUGGGGAAGGGUGGGCUAGAUACAUUUUGGCCUUGCACUGCAUGCAUACUACUGAGCAAAUGCCCAGCCCCUUUGAGCUAAUAUAAUUACUAAAGUAGAUGAAGCAGUAGUGGUUUCUAUUAUUCAUGCUGCUAUUGGUGUGAAAACUGUGAAUGCUCAAAUAUGGGCUUCCUUCAUAAUGCUGAGCAUCUAAUACUGUGGAACAGUAUAUAUGUUGCACAAAUAUUUGUUUGCUUUGUUGUGGUUCUAACGUAUGAAUGGUUUGUAGGGAAUGUAUGUUUUAUGUUAUUUAUUCCAACCAAAUUAGUAAGAUGAACCCUGGAUUUCUGUGACCACCUUCAACUAUAUCUGUUGCAGAGCAUAGAUAAAGUUUCAUAUGUAAUAAAACUUGACAAUUGUAUGCAAUUCUUGCAAAAAUAACUAGAAGCAAACUAUUGAUUUGUUGGUGGAUGCAGUAUGCUAAGUGUCAAAAAAUUAGGAAUAUUUUGGAAAUCAUAAUUUUUGACCAAACAAUAGACUAUACUUGCAAAAAACUGAUCCUUAUAGUUUGAUGUAGCUUUUGUUUUAAAAAGAAUGUCUGAUAACUUGCUUUUAAGAUGAUUGUUUAAUUAAUAUAAACCCUCUUUAAUUAAUUGAAAUCCACCAUUGAUAUGGAACGUGAUGUGGUCUCACAGAGGGGGUGACACUAUUUUGUACAACUUUACUCACCAUGCAAAGUAUGAAAGCAUUCAAGGGUGAAUUUACACUUAAAAAUGACCAUUACACACAACUUAACUUCGAAUAAUUAAGGAUUUCAGUCCAGGUACUGAUCCUGCAAUGUUUAACCAUUAUGGGGGAUUUUGAUAAUGUCCAUAGUAAGUUAGUUGUCUCUAGCCUGGCAUAUUUAUUUACAUUAACUCUUGGGGAGGAAUUGAAAUAAUUGAAACCUCUUUUCAGGUUUAAAACAAAGGGAGUGUCAGGGUACCAAAAAUAAAUUCAAAUAACUAUGCUGUGCUAAAAUAUUACAAAGGUAUUCUGUCUUGGUAGAAAUGGAUUUAGUUAUUGUAAAUGUCAGAACAGGAUAUAAAUCUUUAAUAUUAAUCUGAAUUUUCCUCAUAGACAAAACUGUACAGAAUAAAACAUCAAAGAUGCUUAAAUUAACUUGCAUUUGAGCUGUCCAGUAUUAAAAAGUAUUUCUUUUAAAGGAAAAAAGGAAACAAAGAGAAAAAGGUAGUAUUUUUGCCAUAAUGGAAGAUACUUCAUAAAAAUUGAAUUGUUCAAAAUGCUUGGGACCAGAAAUGUUUCGAUUUUAGAAUUUUGUAAUAUAGAACAAGUAUUUGUAUAUGAAAUGGUGUAAGUUAGCAGUGGAGGCAGCAGUAAGCACUGGUCACCAGACACACAUUAUUUGGGAUUCCCAAUCUGAGGAGAGAAGAUGACAUGCUCCAAUUUGCAGCUAAACUUUACACAAGUGGUGCUGCUCCUUUUUCACCACUAUAUCUUAGCUGAAGUAAGGCCUAAACUGGGAUAUGGGAGUAUCGACUACUGACAGCUAUAUUCAGCCUUGUUCCAGAUUCUUCUCUGCACCAAAACAAACAAAGAAACCAGCCAGCUCACCUCUCCCUUCUGCUUACACUGACAGAGUUCGGAUUCUAGUCCGUGCCUUUCCUAUCCAAGUCUUCUGACAGGGGAACCUAGUAAUUGCAGCCAACUCUAACAGUGGCAGUGGUAGGCUGCUAGCUGCCUGAUUCUACCUUUGAGGUAGCUGCUGGGGUGCUCCUGCAGAUUUAGCUGGAGAGAGAAGCCAGAAUCUGUGAAAUAGUGUGAGUUAUGAAUUCUCACCGUUUCACAGAUCCCAACAUUUUGAAUUAUGAAGCAUUUUGUAAUUCUGGAUAAAGGAUAUUUGACCUGUAUUGUGGCUAUUGUUGUUAAGAUUUUAAAAUGAAAAGGAUAAAAAGACUGAUCAUUAGUAAUGACAGGUAGAGUAUAUUUUACCCGAAAUGCUUGGAACCAAAAACAUUUUGGAUUUGGAUUUUUUUCCAAUUUUGGAAUACUUUUAUUUACAUAUAAUUAAAUAAGAACCCUUAAAGAUGCUUCAACUGCCAGUGUGCAACAUCCACGCCCUGCAGAUCCUUCACAGAUGCAGCUGUGCUUUCCUCACAGCCAUGCACCCUCCUGUGCUCUGGGGAAGGGGGGGGUACCAGAGGUUGGGGAAAGAUGGAAAAAGGAAAUGUGAGGCACAAAAGGUGCACAAGAGGCCUUUUUCCUGUUUAAACCAUGUCUGGCUUAUGAUUGUGGCCAUGGCUCGGCCACCUUUGCUGGUGCUGAUGCUGCCCAUCAUUCCUACUCUCCCUCAGAGCCUCAGUGCAAAAGCAAGCAAGCGUGCAAAGUGGCUAGAUUUGCUCUGACACCAUUCAUCUCAGUGGGGUGCUGUUCUGGGCAUGUGAUGAGGUAGAUUGUCCUUUUCUUUCUGCCACUGAGCCACCACCAACAAUGCCAAGAGGGGGAUGGAGGUGGAGAACUAGAGGCAGCUUCAGCAACAAGAUGAUACUAUGAAAUGAAGAUUCAUUUUCAAACAGGUGGUUAGUCAAAACUGCAAGCAGUCCACGUUCAAACUGAAGAAUCCCAUUGAGGAGACAUAAAUUGCAGUGAAUAUCACAAGGUGAGACGAUAGUCCCUUCUAAGAUCCCAAAUCUGAUUUCCAUAGAUAGAAUCAUAGAGUUGGGAGAGAUCUCAUGGGCCAUCCAAUCCAACCCCUUGCCAUGAAAUGGGAAAAUCACACUCAAAGCACCCCCGACAAAUGACUAUCCCACUUGUGUGUACAUGUCACUAACAGGAUGCCAGCUUUAGAAUCCACCAUUGUGUGUUUUUAACCCCAGAUCCAAUGGGGGAUGCAGAACAGCUAAAACCCUAAGUCCAACUGAGAAUAUUAAUUGGAGAACUCCACUUAUAAAACAUCAAACUAACAUUUGGUUUUCCUGAGAAAUCUAUAUGAACUGACUUCAUGAAGCUAAUGAGAUGAGAAUAGUUUCAUCAGGAGUAGAAUCAUAGAGCUAGAAGAGACCUCAUGGGCCAUCCAGUCCAACCCCCUGCCAAGAAGCAGGAAAAUUGCAUUCAAAGACCCCUGACAGGUGGCCACCCUGCCUCUACUUAAAAGCCUACAAAGAAGGAGCCUCCAUCAGUCCAGGGCAGAGAGUUUCACUGCUGAACAGCUCUCACAGUGAGGAAGUUCUUCCUGAUGUUCAGGUGGAAUCUUAUUUCCUGUAGUUUAAAGUCAUCGUUUCGCAUCCUAGUCUCUGGGGCAGCAGAAAACAAACUUGCUCCCUCCUCCCUAUGACUUCCCCUCACAUAUUUAUGCAUGGCUAUCAUGUCUCCUCAACCUUCUCUUCUGCAGACUAAACAUGUCCAUUUCUUUAAGCCACUCUUCAUAGGACUUAUUCUCCAGACCCUUGAUAAUUUUAGUAGCCCUCCUCUGGACACAUUCUAGCUUGUCAACACCUCCCUUCAACUGUGGUGCCCAGAAUUGGACACAGUAUUUCAGGUAUGGUCUGACCAAGGCAGAAUAGAGGGGUAGCAUGACUUCCCCGGAUCUAGACACUAUACUGCUAUUUAUGCAGGCCAAAAUCCCAUUGGCUUUGUUGCCGCUUUAUCACAUUGUUGGUUCAUAUUUAACUUGUUGUCCACGAGGACUCCAAGACCUUUUUCACACGUACUGCUGUCAAGCCAGUUGUCCCCCAUUCUCCUAUCUUUGCAUUUCAUUUUUUCUGCCUUAGUGGAAUAUCUUGCAUUUGUUCCUGUUGAACUUCAUUUUGUUAGUUUUGGCUCAUCUCUCUAAUAAAUAAAGGUAAUAAAGUCCAAGGUCAACCCAAAAUCCAAAUGCCAAAGUCUAAGAGAUAGUCCAAAGUUCACAAAUCCCAAGAUCACCAACCGUCUGAGGCUAUAGCUCCAAACACUGACAUUGCUACCAGCAACAAGAUGAAACUCCUGAGAACCUUUUAUGUAGGUUCUCAGGUGUUGCCUGUUGAUGGCUUGUUUUUUAGCAAAUCAGGUGGACCUGCAAACUUGAGCCUUUUUCCUUUGCAAGACUAAAAGCAAAAAGUUUCUUAUUUUAGGCCCCUUCUACACUGCUAUAUAAAAUCCAGAUUAUCUGCUUUGAACUGAAUUAUAUGGCAGUGUAGAAGGAGUCUUUGAGUUCUUUGGAAUUCUGUUUUCCAGAUAAGAGAUGUUCAGUCUCUAUUAAUUCACUAACUAACUAAGAUUCGAAAAGGAUCUGAUAUAGGAGCCUAAAGGCGUGAGUACUGAGCAAUAUUCCUUUAAAAAGCACAUUCUGUUCUGUUACGGACAUCACAAUUUAAGGAAAGUUGUAAACUGCAAUUGUCCCAAAUUAGCCACUGAAAUUAAUGAAUGACACAGAUCUCCAGUGUAUUGAGGAAAUGUUCGGCAGGAGUGGAAAUUUAUUCAGGAAAACUCACAAAAAGUGACACGAUAACUCAUAUUCGUAUCUUUUAAAGGUUGUUCUCUGUGGCCCCAAAGGGAACCAAACAAGUAAGUCCACAUUACCAAAAACUGCAUUAAAAAUACAUAAGUAUUAGGAAAUACUUGUUGUAAAAAGAAGCUAUUAGCAGUGAAACAGACUGAUAGAUGAAAUGGUACCUACAGUAGAGUUUCACUUAUUCAACACGUGCUUAUCCAACGUUCUGGAUUAUCCAACACAUUUUUGUAGUCAAUGUUUUCAAUACAUCAUGAUAUUUUGGUGCUAAAUUCGUAAAUACAGUAAUUACUACAUAGCAUUACUGCAUAUUAAACUACUUUUUCUGUCAAAUUGGUUGUAUAACAUGAUGUUUUGGUGCUUAAUUUGUAAAAUCAUAAACUAAUUUGAUGUUUAAUAGGCUUUUCCUUAAUGCCUCCUUAUUAUCCAACAUAUUCACUUAUCCAACAUUCUGCUGGCCCGUUUAUGUUGGAUAAGUGAGACUCUACUGUACUUGUUCUUAACACCUUUAAGGAGUCACUGUGAAUUCACAAGGGUUGCAUAGUAAUGUACUAGUUUCUUACAUUUUUACGGCUUCUUGAUUGUGCUUGAUAGUUCAAAUAUUGCAAAAUGGCUGUACAGCACAUGUGUCAAACUCAAGACAUCCAGGCCAAAUCUAGCCCAUCACGUCAUUUUAUAUGGACUGUGAGAUCCAGAUGCUCCCUGGGCUGUCACUGCCCCCUCUUCCAACGAAUGGUUGCAUCCUAGUUGCGAGAGUGUGUCCGUGUCUUGGAGACUGCAGAUGAACAGGAAUCGGCAAUGCUGCUGCUGUUUUAGCUGCACUGAGAAGAUGCUGAUCAUGUAUUGCCUCUUGCAGUUGAAGCUUGAAUAUCUGGGUGACAGCAUGCAAGGCAGGUGGUGGCCUCUCCUUUUAAACCCCCAGGCCUGGUCAGCCUUUUCCCUGAGGGGCCAGAGUUGGAGCUGGAGGUGAAUGCUUCAAAAAGCCAAAGCCAUGUUUGGUCCAUUUUCCUCUUAGUGGAAUACAGUGGCCCUCACUCUGUGGCAAAAAUUAGGAAUAGCAUUUUGAAGAAAUGUGGCUCCCCACCUUCGUUGUUCUUCACAGGGGGUCUGGGGAUAAACAGGAUACAUGAAGUUUCAGCCAAUCUUGGCAAUCGGUGGAUGGCUUUCAUGGAGUGGGGGAGGUAGGCUUUUAAUACAAGAGCAACAUAGUUUCACCAUCAUUUAUUUAUUUAUGUAGUGACAUGUACUGUAUUAGACAUUCAGUUCCAAGGCAACAUAAUUACAUUUAUACAGUCUUCUUAUUACAAACAGCUCUUUGAGAGCAACCAUAAGGUUAAUGUGGCUAAUCUGAAAAUGAGUUUGACACCCCUGCUCUAUAGUGUGUCUGGGAAUCACAGGUGUGCAUUUCUAUUUAAUCUCCAAAUAAAAAUUUGUGUGUGUGAUUUUGUAUAUGAAUAGGAAAUGCAGUGGCUGAUUAGUAUUCCCAAGGUUGCUUAGAAAAGUUAAACAUCAAAACCUGGACAACUGAAAUAGUGAAGCAUUUGCACAGUGCAAAAACUGUAAUCAGUACAAAUUCUCAGCAAGGAAAAUGAUAGUUUAGAAGGUGGCACGCAGAAUAUAUAAUAUUUAAAGGUUGUUUGGUUUUGUUGAUGUGAUUGAAAUCUACAGUGGUUCAUGCUCUGGAAUGGCCUUUGUAGAAGCAUUCUAGCUUCAUAGUAUAUCCAGUUCAACUAAACAUGUUUACCUGAUUGACUACUCUUUGAGGGAGUACUUUGUGCAACACAAACCUUCUGAAGUUGCUUUUAUUUUCAGCAUCUUAGGAUCUUCAAGGGUUGUUUGUCUGGACUUUUUCUGUUCUUAAUUAGAUAAACAAAAGCAUUCAGCUUUGCACAGACUAGAAAAUGCAGUCAGAACUUAAGUACUCAUUCUGUCAUGAGGCUGGGUCAGGUGCAUGCGACAGAAAGAGCAAUUUUCCCCAGGGCCGUUUUGUGGCUCCUGGGACUUGCAAAUGGUAUCUAAGGAGUUUGGAGGACUUUUGUUUUACCCAGAAAGGUUCCAAAACAUGGUGAAAAUGCCCUAUGUCCCACAGAAGGUGUUUAUAGCUGACGAAGAUAUGAUUUUAUUUUGUUAGAACAAGUGUGGCGGUGGACUGUAGCUACAGAGGAUUGUUUUCUCCACUUUUUAAAUUACACAGAGAGACCAUACUUGGAACAGCUCAAGCGAAGGAGAGGAUCUGUUUAUCUGAAGAGUUGCAAGGGGGUAUAAUAUAAACUGUAUUGCUGAUUUUAAAAUUUGUACAUUUAUGCAAAUACAUAUAGGGAAAAGAAUAUAAAUGAGGGGAAAGAAUAAAAACGCACCUUGAAAAAAUGGGGGCAGGGGAGCACUGAUGUCAACCGUCAUCUUUUAGGCACACAAGAGUGAAGGCAUUGACAAGAAACAGAGGUGGGAAGUGUUCCCAUUCCCACUUUCCCAACCUGGAGAAAGAAAGACAACUCUCGCCUUGUCCUCACUUUUUUUAGCUGGAGCAGAGUUUAUCUACCAUUUUGGGAACUUGAAAUGUAACAGAGCAGCCGUGACCAUUUUUAAUAAGGGCUAAUUGCAGAUAGAUUGCAGAUAGACCUCAGUGGCUAUUUUUAAUAGUGCCAUAUAAUAAGUCCCAUUUUAAAAAUGGCCACCACAAUUUCUCUGCAAAGAAUCUCAUGCAAUAAGCUUUUAUUAAAAAUGUCCACUGCUUCUCCAGUUCACUUCAUGUGACCAAAAUAGCUCCCACAAAUUGCUGAUGAACUCCAAAGGCUGAAAAAGAAGGUAAGGAUGAAGGGAGGUCUGCCUUUCUUUUCUUUUCCUUUUUGCUCCAGUUUGGGCAAUUGAGGGGUAAUGUGGUAGGAGUAUUUUUCACCUCUGCUUGCCACUGCCUUCAUGCUGUGUCUCUGUUCCAGUAUUGGCCCUUGUUUAAGCCAACCCAGGUUUUUUGUCAUUUUAAAAUUUAUACAAGAAUACAUAUGCAAUAGAUAAUUUUCGCUUCCUUUACCUACCCACCAACUAACUGAAAUGGCCUUCUUCUCAUUCCCCAGUCUGGUCCUUUCUCUCCCACAGGUGCUUUUCCUCUCUGCUUAUCAAUCUAGAUUGUUUUUCCGAUCCUCUCGUUUUUUUUCCCCUCCUGGUGGAGCUUUUGUGGGGGGAUUUUACUCCCCUAUCCCACACUGCUAUGUCUUUCUGCUGGUGAUUGUUAUGUUGGCUUGCUCCAACUCUCCCAACUUUAUUAUUUGAAAACUUAGCAGCCUGUUAUUUUUAAGGUCUGAUGAAAUCAUGCUGUUUCAAAAUGGUAAGUCUGAUUUUUCAUUUAGUGUGUAUAGUUCUUAAAUAUUUAAAGUAAUGCCUGUAAACUGUUUCCAUCUUAUAAAAAAUAGGAGUGUUACCUGGAGGGGUUACCAAGAGAAAAGCUAAAAUUAAAG